CUAGAUGCAUUCAGGGGAGCAGACAGAGGAGGAGUUCAUGUCUUUGGUCCUUUCCUGCAUAGGUGGGUGCAGCCAUGGACCCUCUCACGCUACAGCCUAACUGGACUGAGAUUGUGAACAGAAAGCUCAAGUUCCCACCUCCACUCUUGGGUGCCAUCCAAGAGGGGCGACUGGGUCUUGUGCAGCAGCUGCUGGAGUCAGGGGUCGAGGCCACAGGCAGUGGGCCAGGUGGGCCCCUGCGGAAUGUGGAGGAGGCUGAGGAUCGCUCCUGGAGGGAAGCUCUCAACCUGGCCAUCCGCCUGGGUCAUGAGGCCAUCACCGAUGUGUUACUGGCCAAUGUCAAGUUUGAUUUCCGACAGAUCCAUGAAGCCCUACUAGUAGCAGUGGACACAAACCAGCCAGCAGUGGUGCGUCGCCUGCUGGCCCGGCUGGAAAAAGAGAAGGGUCGCAAAGUAGAUACUAAGUCUUUCUCGCUGGCUUUCUUUGAUUCAUCUAUUGAUGGCUCCCGCUUUGCACCUGGUGUCACCCCACUCACCCUGGCCUGCCAGAAGGACCUAUAUGAGAUUGCGCAGUUGCUUAUGGACCAGGGUCACACCAUUGCCCGGCCCCACCCCGUCUCCUGCGCUUGCCUUGAGUGCAGUAAUGCCCGCAGGUAUGACCUGCUGAAGUUCUCUCUGUCCCGCAUCAACACCUACCGAGGCAUUGCGAGCAGGGCCCACCUCUCACUGGCGAGUGAGGAUGCCAUGCUGGCUGCCUUCCAGCUCAGCCGCGAGCUCAGGCGCCUUGCACGCAAGGAGCCUGAGUUUAAGCCUGAGUACAUUGCCCUGGAGUCGUUGAGCCAGGACUAUGGUUUUGAGCUGCUGGGUAUGUGCCGGAACCAGAGCGAGGUCACUGCAGUGCUCAACGACGUGGGCAAGGACAGCGAGACUGAGCCUGAGGCUGAAGGACUGAGCCAGGCCUUCGAGGAGGGAAUCCCCAACCUGGCAAGACUGCGGCUGGCUGUCAACUACAACCAGAAGCGGUUUGUAGCACACCCCAUCUGCCAGCAAGUCCUGUCCUCCAUCUGGUGUGGGAACCUGGCUGGUUGGCGUGGAAGCACCACCAUCUGGAAGCUCUUUGUUGCCUUCCUCAUCUUCCUCACCAUGCCCUUCCUCUGCCUUGGCUACUGGCUGGCGCCCAAGUCUCGGCUGGGCCGCCUGCUGAAGAUCCCAGUGCUGAAGUUCCUGUUACACUCCGCCUCCUAUCUAUGGUUCCUCAUCUUCCUGCUGGGAGAAUCCCUGGCCAUGGAGACACAGCUGAGCACUUUCCGUGGCCGAAGCCAGWGUGUCUGGGAGACUUCACUACACAUGAUUUGGGUCACAGGCUUCCUGUGGUUCGAGUGUAAGGAAGUAUGGAUUGAGGGCCUGCGCAGUUACCUCCUGGACUGGUGGAACUUCCUGGAUGUGGUCAUCCUGUCCCUGUACCUGGCAGCCUUCGYUCUGCGCCUCCUCCUGGCUGGGCUUGCCCACAUGCACUGCAGGGAUGCUGCCAAUGGAGCUGCCUGCCACUAUUUCACCACUGCUGAGCGAAGUGAGUGGCGCACAGAGGAUCCCCAGUUCUUGGCUGAGGUGCUUUUUGCUGUCACCAGCAUGCUCAGCUUCACCCGCCUGGCCUACAUUCUGCCGGCCCACGAGUCUUUGGGCACUCUGCAGAUUUCCAUUGGCAGGAUGAUUGAUGACAUGAUACGGUUCAUGUUCAUCCUCAUGAUCAUCCUGACUGCCUUCCUCUGUGGCCUAAACAACAUCUAUGUGCCCUACCAGGAGACAGAGCGGCUGGGCAAUUUCAACGAGACUUUCCAGUUUCUGUUCUGGACCAUGUUUGGCAUGGAGGAGCACAGUGUGGUGGACAUGCCUCAGUUUCUGGUGCCUGAAUUUGUGGGCCGGGCCCUCUAUGGCAUUUUUACCAUCGUCAUGGUCAUUGUGCUGCUCAACAUGCUCAUUGCCAUGAUCACCAACUCCUUCCAGAAGAUCGAGGAUGAUGCUGAUGUGGARUGGAAGUUUGCUCGCUCUAAGCUCUACCUAUCCUAUUUCCGAGAGGGCCUGACUCUGCCUGUGCCCUUCAACAUCCUGCCCUCCCCCAAGGCCUUCUUCUACCUUCUCAGGAGAAUUUUCCAGUUUAUUUGCUGUUGCUGCUCCUGCUGCAAAACCAAGAAGCCAGACUAUCCCCCAAUCCCCACCUAUGCCAACCAGGGGGCAGGGGCAGGGCCUGGGCCUGGGGAGGGAGAGCGUGGGUCCUACCGCCUUCGUGUCAUCAAGGCUCUGGUACAGCGCUACAUAGAGACUGCCCGGCGCGAGUUUGAGGAGACACGUCGGAAAGACCUGGGCAACAGACUGACAGAGUUAACCAAAACUGUGUCUCGACUACAAAGCGAAGUUGCUGGUGUUCGUCGAAACUUGGCAGCAGGAGGGAUGCCCCGGCCUCCUGAUGGUGCCAGUAUCCUCAGUCGCUAUAUCACCCGAGUGCGCAACAGCUUUCAAAACCUGGGGCCCCCCAUCUCUGAGACCCCAGAGCUGACCAUGUCAGGAAUUGUGGGGAUCCAAGACUCUUCGGAAACUGGGCUUCAGACUGCUGAAGAGGCUGGGGCUCCAACUUCUGGAGAGUCUGGCCUCUCCUCCCCAGCUCAUGUGCUGGUGCACAGGGAGCAAGAAGAAGAGGGGGCUGGGGACUUGGACCCACAAGAGGCUUUGGGGACCAAUAGGGAUUCCUAAUGCAGUGGAAAGGCCCCUUCCUCUACAUUCAGCAGCGUAGUUGGGUGGGGGCGAGGAUCACUUAGUAAGAGCUUUCCUUGCUUCAAUAAAGUUACUACUGGUGAUAUCAGAUGCCCACGGAGUACGUGAGAAUUCCUGUGUCUUGAUGCUUUAAGAUCCUUCCUCCAUUUCCUUCUGAACCCUGUGUGAGCA